AUGCUCACCACCUCAACAACAGCUCACCAAAUCCGCAUCUUAAUCGAUCCAGGUUCCGAAAUCUCGUUCAUCUCCGAAGAACUCACCCGUCUGCUCAACCUUCGGAGACACAGAUCAUCCAUCACAAUCAUUGGUGUUGGUGGAACAAAAUCAACUGAAACAAAGGGCGUGGUCACUGUCACACUCCAAUCGAUGCAUUCACGACAGACUGUCUGCAUCCAGGCUCACGUGCUCACAGCCGUAUCGACAAUCCUGCCAUCGUUCUCAAUGAGAACUCCGGAUUGGCCUCACAUUAGAAAAUUGAGGUUGGCGGACAAUGAUUUCUUGACACCACGACCAGUCGAUUUAAUCAUUGGAGCGGAUUUCUACGGAAGGAUCAUCAAGCCAAAUAUCAUCAAGGGCUCACCAACAACACCAAUUGCUCAACUUUCCAUUUUUGGAUGGCUCGUCAUUGGCCCAGUCAACGAAUCACAUUCAAACACUCAUUAUUCACAUUUUGCAGUUGCUCAAGACGACCAGAGCAAUCUGCAAGAGCUGCUCACCAAAUUCUGGGUUCAAGAGGAAUCACCAAUGGAUAUUCCAAGCACGCUCACUCCGGAGGAAGAAGAAUGCGAAUCACAUUUCUGUGCGACUCACACUCGUGAUCACACUGGAAGGUACAUCGUUCGCAUUCCACUCAAGGCACCAGCAUUGCUCUUAGGCAAUUCACACAAGACUGCUCAAAGAUGUCUACAAAGCACGUUACGACGACUCUCCAAGGAUUCAACAUACAACCAGCUCUAUGUCGAGUUCAUGAAAGAGUACGAAGAAUUGGGACACAUGGUAAAGGCUCCAGAUCACCAACGAAUUUCAUCAAGAGAGGCUGAGAACGUUGGGCCUGAUGGGGAGAUGACCUUGGCACAUGAUGCUUCGGCAUCAGGAGGGUUGAGGGUCUCUUCUGACGGUUCAACACCUCAGACCUCUGCUCAUCUUCAACCAUAUUAUUUGCCUCACCAUGGAGUUCUACGUCUCGACAGUUCAACAACGAAGCUCAGGGUUGUAUUCAACGGAUCAAAAGCUACGACAUCAGGCAAAUCAGUCAACGAUUUAAUGCAUACUGGUGCUAAUUUGCUCUUGAAUGUUACAGAUGUUCUAAUUUGGCUUCGCCAUUAUCACCACAUUUUUGCCACAGACAUCACAAAAAUGUAUCGCCAGGUAGCAGUUCACAAGGAUGAUUGGGAUCUCCAGCGAAUCCUUUGGAUCGAUGAAGACCGCAAUGUCAUCCCUUACCAGCUCACAACUGUCACGUACGGUACAAAGGCGGCUCCCUUCCUGGCGACACGAGCACUCAUGCAACUUGUUCACGAUGAGGGUCAUCGAUUCCCUCUGGCAACGCCCUCGCUCACACAUGGCAGAUAUGUGGACGAUAUCUUUGGAGGAGCAGACUCAAUUUCGGAACUUGUGGAGGUCGCUCAACAGCUGAUUGCAUUGUGCAACGCGGGCGGAUUUCCACUCGCAAAAUGGCAUGCGACUCACCCAGAUCUUCUACGGGCUGUUUCGUCAUCCACACAAUCGUCAGCUCCCAUAUCAUUUGACGACUGCACUACCAAAUUACUCGGUAUUCAAUGGAUGCCUCAAACUGACGCAUUCGGCUUCUCAUCAACUUUGACUGAUCAACCAAGUAAGUGUUCAAAACGCCUCGUAUUGUCCGAAGUGGCUCGGAUAUUUGAUCCAUUAGGUUUCGUCUCACCGGUAAUAGUACGAGCAAAAAUGCUAUUACAAGAACUCUGGCUACACAAAAUCAAUUGGGACGACCAGUUACCGUCUCAAAUUGUAUCACGAUGGUUCAUCAUCAGAGAAGAUCUCAACAGCUUGGCCAAGCUAUCGAAUUCCAAGAUGGUUCAACACAUGGAGCAAUUCAAUUGUAGAAAUUCAUGGAUUCUCUGA